GUUCUAACCUGAGCCCUGGCGUGGGGCGGGGAGAGGGAGAGCGCUAGCGCUCAAGACCGAGGGCUUAAUGCGGGCUGAGGAGCAGGUCCGCCCCAGUACCGAGGAGCCGGUGUGGUCCCGGAUAUCCCCUGGGAGAACCGGGUGCUGUCAUUAGUCCCAACCUUGGAAAGAGCUGCUGCAGCUGGAUGGUCAUGGGAGAGCCCAGGAGAGAAGAGUAUAAAAUCCAGUCUUUUGAUGCAGCGACCCAGCAGCUGCUGAAGACAGCCCUCAAAGAUCCAGGUGCUGUGGACUUGGAGAAAGUGGCCAAUGUGAUUGUGGACCAUUCUCUGCAGGACUGUGUAUUCAGCAAGGAAGCAGGACGCAUGUGCUACGCCAUCAUUCAGGCAGAGAGCAAGCAAGCAGGCCAGAGUGUCUUCCGCCGUGGACUCCUCAACCGGCUGCAGCAGGAGUACCAGGCUCGGGAGCAGCUUCGAGCCCGCUCCCUGCAGGGCUGGGUCUGCUACGUCACCUUUAUCUGCAACAUCUUUGACUACCUGAGGGUGAACAACAUGCCCAUGAUGGCCCUGGUGAACCCCGUCUACGACUGCCUCUUCCGGCUGGCCCAGCCCGACAGUCUGAGCAAGGAGGAGGAGGUGGACUGCCUGGUGCUGCAGCUGCACCGGGUCGGGGAGCAGCUGGAGAAGAUGAAUGGGCAGCGCAUGGAUGAGCUCUUUGUCCUGAUCCGGGAUGGCUUCCUGCUCCCAACGGGCCUCAGCUCCCUGGCCCAGCUGCUGCUGCUGGAGAUCAUCGAGUUCCGGGCAGCUGGCUGGAAGACAACCCCGGCUGCGCACAAGUAUUACUACAGCGAGGUCUCUGACUAGGCCUCCUCCCCAGCAGCACCGGCCUUUCUUCUGCCCGCCUCCUAACCCGGCAGUGGAGCCUUUGCCUCUCCCAGGCGUUUUACCUUCCAGACCUUCAAAAGCACCCGAGGUGUUUCCCACUUAUGCGGUGGUCCCGCCCUGAGCACCUUCGCUUUGAUCCCAGGAUUGGGGGAGACACCAAGCACACCUGCCCCACGGCCCCAUCAGCGUUUCUCUCCCCUCACCUUCAACCUGGGCCAGGCAAAGAAGGGCAACUCCUGACAAGCAAUGCACUAUGUAACCUUUGGUACAAUAGCUAUCUUGGUGCCUCAGUUUCCCCAUCUGUAAAAUGAGAACCCAGAGCCAUUGGUGGGGUGCUUUGGGAUAUCAAAGGGGAGAAGAAGAGUCACACCAGAAACUCUUUGUGUAUUUUGUACAAGGACCACUUUGGAACCGAGCACGUUUCGUCCAGUUAGUUUUAAUGAACGGCAAUACCACAUUAGCUACACCAGCUCAGGAUGAGAAUUUUCUAAUAAACUUUUUCUGAUACUAAAA